AAAAAUUGCAUUUUCACUGUGCAGUUCUGCCACUGCUGGGGACGCUUCCCUCCUCUCCAAACCUUUCCUUCCCCGUCCCUGGAGGCCUCUUUGCACGUUUCAAUAAUCGAGCUCUCCCUUACUGGCAACCAUUGAAACUCCAAACCCCCUCACGUACGAUCAGCACACUGCAUUUUACUGCACAUCUGCGGCCUAUUGUGCUCCUUUUCCAAUUGAUUGACGCUUCCCCUUUACUUCAACUGAUCAAGAGGCGGCACAGGAUGGCUGAAUCUAGCUCAUUAAGUUCUCCUUCAAAGCCAUGGAGUGCCUAUGUGCACGACACUUACAUCCCCACUGUCUUGGAAGCUCAGGAGCUGAGCAAAGUGGAGGACCCUGAGAAUGAGCCCUUCAAGUCUAAGUACCUGGCAAUUGAAAAGCUGAGCAACCUUAGACACCAGGGAGCCGCAUAUUCUCGAGCAGAGGGCCUCUUAUGUCCAGAGGAGAAGGCUGAAUGCAAGGACAUGCUUGCUAUGCUUGAUCUGAGGAGAGGCACCCUCGCUCUCGACACAGAAGACCCAUCACUGGCUGACAAGCUUCUCACAAGUGCUUCGUUACAGUUGAAGAUUUUGGAGGAGCGCAACGUGGAGGCCCUACAGGAUGCGUACAACCUGCUGGGUGUCAUCUGGAGCAACCGUGACGAGCAGAAGAAGGCUGAGUCCUACCUGCUGGAAGCACAGCGGCUCUACCACAAGUACCGUGCACCAACACAGGUGGCCGCUCCAGUUUCGCGUGCACCAUGCCCUGACAUCGAAGCUUACCAAGGUCCACCCUCGGAAGCAGUUACAGGUACUGGUCCGGCAGACGCCGGAAAUCGUGGGCCAUCUGUGGACCGGGGAACUUCUGCGGAGGAGCAGAAUAGUAGGAUCGAAGCAGGUUCAGAGCCAAGUCCGGAACGAACUGAAGAGUUCGAGAACACUGAAAAUAGUUCCACCUCAGCCAGCAAGCCUGCACUUGACGUCCCUCCCAGCAGCGGCGAUAGACAGCCAGAGCCAGCCCCGGAGACAAGCGGUUUUAAGACAGAAACCAGCGCAGAAAAGGAAUCGGAGGGUGGAUCGAGAGAGAAGGCGGAGUUUCUGUACACGAUGACGGCGUUCUACCUGGCUCAAGUGUACGGCCACUCCCGGCAGCAGGACCAGAUGGCAGAGUUCCUGGGCAUCACGCUGGACCGCCAGCUGCGCAUGGGCCACAACUUUGAGCCGCUUGAAUGGGCACAGAACUGCGCACAGGUCUCUGGCUACUUCGUUCAGCAAGGCGAUUACGAGACGGCCGCUCACUGUUUGGCGGCGGCAAGCUUGGUUCUGGAACGGGCGGGCAUCACACUGCAGACGGAGAAUGGUGGAGACGUGGUGGCGAACGUGUUGAUUGGCUGGGGCAGACUGCACAUGCAAAUUAUCGGCAACUCCCGGUCCCUCUUCACCAGCGCAGCCGACGAGAACGCCCUCUCCGCAGCAAGCGGCCCGGGGCCCGCGCCGGCGGUUCUGCAGGAUCGCAGCAAUCUCCAGCCGCCCGCAAACGGCAAGGCGUCCGCUGGCAAAGCCCCGCCGCAACCGGACGGGCAGCAAGAUUCUAAGCCCACCCAACGACAGCUGCGGUUUGAGAGCCUCAACCUUCCCUCGACGGGUGCACUAAGCGGGUGCGACGAGACUGGGGGGGUGCGCUUGUACGAGGAUGCGGUCAAGCAGUUCAACAAGGGGAUGGCGGCCUUCAAGGGUGCGCUCGAGUACUACCGGCUGGAUGGGCACGUGACCGACCACUGCAGCAUCCUGUUUGACAUCAGCACGCUUCACAAGUACCUCGCGUUCCUGGAGUCAAACGAAAGCCGCGUCUGCCAGCUACACAAGCGUCGGGCCACGAGAUUAGAACCCUUAGUUAGCGCCCUUAACCCCAGCGCGUUCUCCGGCGUUUGGCGGCAGCUAACCUACGAGUUAGCGUGCAUUAACCAGGAGAUCGUCGACGUGCGGUUGAGCCACAGCCGCCCGUUCGCAAAGUACGGGCCUGCCGCGAAGGAUGCGGUUAAGUUCUACACGCUUUUCCUGGACAGUUUCCGGGAUGCGAAAGGGAAGGUGCCGGAAAAGGUUCCCGAGGGAGAGGAAGAAGAAUACUUGCUCGCGCAGGUUCAGCUGGCUAUGUUAUACUACAAAUUGUACGACAAGCAAAAUGAGGAGCGCAGAAUAGAGCAUUUGGUCACAAGCUUGGAACUGUACACCGCUUUUUUGAAGUACGUCGAAAAGCACGCGGUGAAGGGCAUGGACGAACGGGUGCAAGUGUGCAGAGAGAUGGCCGAGUUGCUGCCUACGAAGAUCAAUGCCGAAAGAGCCAGCACUAGAUGACAAUGCUGGGGAACGGGGAAAUUGAACCUGAUUCGCUGUAAGUUGAUGCGAGUACGUGGAGCUUGUACAGGUUACUUUCCCCAAGCGGUGAGGUACUUGUUUACAGAGAAUACUUCCUUGUCACGACGUACUGAGUGCCUCCAAAGUUCACGG